AUGCAGGGGAUUGAGCCGGCAGCGGUCGGAUACAUGGAAAAGAUAAAUGACAGUGAGAGUCACCCAAGCAGCAGCCACCAAACCUUGAAAGGAACCUCGAAAUGGGCGACGUCACUGGAGAACCUCCUGGAAGAUCCAGAAGGAGUUAAACGAUUUAGGGAAUUUUUAAAGAAAGAAUUUAGUGAAGAAAACGUGUUGUUCUGGCUAGCGUGUGAAGAAUUUAAGAAAACACAGGGGAAAAAACAGAUGCAGGAAAAAGCUAAAGAAAUUUACACAACCUUCCUGUCCAGUAAAGCUUCCUCUCAAGUCAACGUGGAGGGGCAGUCCCGUUUGAAUGAGACAAUUUUGGAGACACCUCACCCUCUGAUGUUCCAGAAGCUCCAGGACCAGAUAUUCAAUCUCAUGAAAUACGACAGCUACAGCCGCUUCUUAAAGUCAGACGUAUUCCUAAACCAUAAGAAGUCUGAGGAGCAGGAGGAGAAUUCACCGGAGGCUCAGACUGCAGCUAAAAGAGCAUCCAGAAUAUACAACACAUGAUACAAAGAGCCUCUUUAGGAGAGGUGAUAGGAUAACUGCAUUUCACUCAGGAACAGUGUUUAGGUUUAUAGCAGUUGCAUGUAAGUCUUUAAAAGCUCAGAACCUUUUUAGGAGGUACUUCCUUUCCUAAUUGCUUGAAUGACUAAUUGUUUUUGCAUGAUAGCUAAUAACCAGACACCAGGGGAAGACUGUUCCCUAGUUAAAGGCUGAGGUAUUCCUCUGUAGCAUGAAUUGCAUUUCGUAUUUCACAAGUUAAAAUGCUUUCAAUAUCUAUAUGUUUGUGAGGCAUCAUGUGGA